AUGGUUGUCGUUUGUGUCGAUAUUCUCCUGUAUAAUAACGUUGAAAAUGUUAUUAAAUUCUUAAUUCUGCUUAAUAUUUACCGGCAGUCUAUUUAUAUUUCAACUAAAAUCUCUACAAACAGUAUUAGUUAAUUUUUAUACUACUUAUAUUAGUCAUCGUGUAAUUUUAUAAGGGUUCCUGUUUAAUAACAAUCCACAGUUUACCUACUCUCUAUUUACUCUGUGGCGAAACCUAUCACUAUUUUUAGGUUCGAUGUUCAUGAAUAAUGGUUUGGUCAUACACUAUAGAGAAAGAUUUUAUCGAUUAAGAAUGAAAAUCUACAUUUAAGUCACUUUAUUUAUAAGGAGAUAAUAACCCAUUCUCUUAAUAUGGUGGAACUAGGAAAAGACACAGAAAAAUGUGACAAAACUGUAAAAUGUUUUACGAUGGAUGAAGCAUUUUUAAAUGAUCUCCUUGAGUGUUCUGUAUGUUUGGAGCAGCUAGAUAGUACUAGUAAAGUUCUACCAUGUCAGCACACUUUUUGUAAGAGAUGUCUUCACGAAAUUCUGAACUCUCACAAAGAACUACGAUGUCCUGAAUGUAGAAUCUUAGUGGAUUCAAAAAUAGAAGAAUUGCCGUGCAAUAUACUUUUAGUUAGACUGUUAGAAGGAAUAAAAAAUAAUGUGCGGCCAAAACGGAUUGGAAGUAGUACAGAUAUUACGCCAAGAAGUGCUGAAUCUUCUAGCCAACAGCAGACACCUCCACAUCCACAGUUACCUCAACCAUUGGGUAGCUUACCACGCACUCCAAGUGCAACAGAUCUCCGAAUGGUGCCAAAGCAGGUACUUCAGGCUUGUCCUUGUGCUAAAGCUCUCUAUCCUUAUGAAGCAAAAGUACCUGGUGAUCUAACUUUCAAGAAAGGUGAUGUCAUCAUUCUUAGAAAGAGAGUAGAUCAGAAUUGGUUUUAUGGGGAACUUGGCGGAAAAUCUGGCUUUGUGCCUGCUAGUUUUGUUCAAGUUGUUGUACCUAUACCUUCUCAUGUGCCACAAUGUAAAGCUCUUUAUGACUUCCAAAUUAGUAGCAGUGAAGAAAAGGACUGCCUUACUUUUGGGAAAGGUGAUAUUUUAACUGUUAUUCGACGAAUUGAUGACCACUGGGCUGAAGGAAAAUUACGUGAUAGAAUUGGAAUCUUUCCUAUAUCUUUUGUAGAAAUGAAUGCAGCUGCAAGGGCUAUUAUGAAAUUAUCUUCUAACUCUCAGUUGUCAUCUAGGAUUCUUCCUCCUGUAGCACCAACUACAGAUUCUCAUUUUGGAAGUACAGCUACCACAAGUGUUUCAAGUGCUGCUCAAAGUCCUUCUUAUCAAGACUCAAGCAAUAGUGCAAAUAUGCAACAGUCUGUCUCAUCUGGAAAUAAUACUUCAUUUUCACCCUCAGCAUUUACAUCUCCUAUCCAUAGUUCUUCUGCAUCCAUUCAGCAAAAUGUUAGUAUGGCAGCAUAUCCAGGCACAUCAUAUGAUGGUCAAGAACAUUCCAGAAAUAUAUCUCACCAUCGACCACAACAACCUGUUGGACCAAAAAACAGUGGUGAUGACCAACAAGCUGCAAAUGAAAGUGGACAUGAAAGUUCUGUCAUUUCUAAAUCUCGAUCUACUCCAAGUCCUGCAUUUACUUCUGUUGCUUCAGUUACUCCUCCUUUAGUCUCUCAGCGAGCUGAAUCAAUAGGUGGUGCUCAGACUCCUACACAGGAUAAUCCAGAAGAUAAUUCUGGAAUUUCUUCUCCUCUGUCUUCUGCAGACUCUACGAAGGGCAGCCAUACACCAGCUCGUACUAGUUCUGCCUCACAACCACCUACUCAUGUUCCUAUUCCUACAUUCUACUUGGCUUUGUACACAUACAGACCUUUAAAAGAGGAUGAAUUAGAACUCCGCAAAGGUGAAUUGUAUACAGUAAGUGAAAAAUGCCAAGAUGGAUGGUUCAAAGGAACAUCACUUCGAACUGGACUUAGUGGCGUUUUUCCUGGAAAUUAUGUUCAGAUUGCAAAAUCAGCAGUAUUGCAACCACAUAUUGGUGUAUCAGUUGCAGGCCGUACAUCUCCUGCUGCAUCUACUACUUCUCCUCCACCUUCAAGUGGAGUUCAGGUUCAACAAAGAACAAGUUUCUCGGGUGUUACAACUGAGAAUCCACAUGUAUUUCAUCCUAUUUCAACUCAAGGCGUGAUAUACACUAAUAGUCCUAUUACAAUAUGUGGCAGAGUGCCAGCUACAUCAACAUCGCCCGUUUCACCUGCUCAUCCUGCAGUGCUGGAGUGGGCUCAUAGUAUUGCUGUGGCUGCACCUCUGCAAAGGUUGCAGAGGCCUGUCAGCUCUGUUGGAGCAUUUUCACCAGCUAUUUAUAAAUCUGAGAUCAGCUCAAAACAAAAUGGAUUCCCUUGUGGUCAGUCACGAUCACUUGCCAUGGCACCAUGGACUUCUCUAUGUGCAAUAGACUUUAAUUCAUCACCAUCAUCAUCACAAGUAGUCACUGACUUUCCUGUGAGGACAACCAGUGCUUCUCCAACAAGAAUGCUUUCUUAUCAAGCAUCUCCAAAUACAUCUGUGGGAAGUCAUAGUCAAAGCAUUAGCAGUGCAGCCUCUGAGAGUGGGCCCUCUCAGCCUAGGUACAGUAUCUCUCAGCCAUCGACACCUUUGAUGAUGCCUCAUUCUGUACCUCCAAACACAAAUCCAUUUGUGACUCCUGACAGAGUAGGAUGCUCACCUCCAGUUGUCACUAGUGGAUCGGCUUGUUCCAUGUCUGUCCAGACAACUUCACAAACACGGGUUGAAAAGCACAAGGAAAAGAAGGAAAAAGAAAUUGUUAGCCUGAUGAAAAGAUUAACAAAAAGGAAGUCAAAAUCUCCACCGCCUUCCGACUAUUCAUGUGAUAAUCCAUCAUUUGUUGAUGGGACAUCUUCUCAGCAAUCUCUGUCUGCAGUUCAUGUAAGAUCAACAUCAUGCCCAAGUGAGGCAUUAGGCAGCCAAGUCAACCAUAAGAAAACAGGAUCUCUUGAUGGCUCAAAUGGUGAAGUUCCCAAAUCGUCGUCACGGCCGAAGCAACCUGCACCUCUAGUUCGUGAAAGAUUCCGCUGCAUUGUGCCUUACCCUCCAAACAGUGACUAUGAACUAGAAUUAAAAGUUGGUGACGUUGUAUAUGUUCACAAAAAACGGGAAGAUGGCUGGUAUAAGGGUACUUUGCAGAGAACUGGGAAGACAGGACUUUUCCCUUCUAGUUUUGUUGAAGGUUUUUGAUGUAGUUGCGUCUUAUGUGAAAUCUUAGACCACAUCAGAAGCUCCAAUUGAUGUUGCAAACAGUGCACAUUCUAGCCGAAAGGUGUGUGUUGCCUUAUGUGCUUGACAUGCAAGAUAUGAGAUGGAAUUCUAGAAUCUCAUGUGAUGUAAUUUAUUUAUAAGUUUUUAUGGCUGGAAUUGUGCUGCCUCUUUACAGUGAAAUAUGAGUGGGAUUGGAUGUGUGACGCAAAUGGCUGCAAAUUAAUUACAAAGUGUGAUGCCAAAUAUUAAACUAUUUGAAUUGUCAUUUUAUUUUUAUUUUGUUUUUGAUACACUUUCUUUAUUUAUAGUUACCUGACCAAAUUUUGUUAGUAAUUAGUUGUGUUAUAAUUUCAAUUUUUAAGUUAAAGAAUUUUGUAUUAUUAUUUAAUUUUACAUUUAUUUUGAACAAAAAAUAUAUUUGCAUGAUGACCUGCUGUUUUUAAGUUUGUACUUAAACUGCAAUAUUUGCCUUCCAUCCUGUGUAUUUAUUUUUUACAUUUUUUUAUUCUCCAUAUUUGAUAGACUCAAGAUCAUAGGAACAUAAAUUAAAUUCUCUAUUAUAUUGAUUUGUGAGUGCAAAUGCAGUAUAUUCAUAAAAUUUUAUAUAAAAAAGAUACACAAUAUAUGUCAGUCAGUCUGGUUUCUUUUUGUUAGUGUUUGAUUUUAUAAAAUGUGAGCUACACCUAUGUGAACUGUGUAGCCUUAGUUUAUAUCAGUAAUAUUUAAUGUUUUGCCUAAUUUUACUUCAUUAAAUAAACUUUUAACCAUUUUUUUCUGUAACUCUUUGAGAAAUCUUUAGUCAUAAAAUCCACCUAUAGAUUUUAUUGUAUGUGUUUCUGUUUGCAAAGUAUUUAAAAAAUAUUUUGGCAUUUUGUUAUAAUUUUUAACUAUUUUUGAACUUGGUCCAGUUUUUUUAUGUGUUUACAUUUCAUGUUGGGGGGAAAAGUAUAUUGUAACUCCUUUCUUUUAUUGAAAGCAUUUCUUUUGUUAAGUGUAUAUGAAUGCCUAGAGAACAGAGUUCAAAUUUAAUUAAGUUUGAUAUUCCGACAAAUAGAUAGUUAUUACUGUUAUCUCUGUUUAUUUAUCAUAUCAGCUUUAAAAAAUGGAAUAGUAUUCAAAUAAUUAAUUACUGUAUUUUAAUGUAUCUAUACGUAAUAUAAAGCUGUUAUUGCUGUCAUUUUUUUUUCUACUUGCCUAUGUUUUUAUUUUUUUCCUCAUUAUUUAGACAGUAUAUGCAUAUAAUAUUCACUCUGGGAUAUCUCAUCUUGAGUAUUUUCUUUUCCACAUCUGCGUUGCAAACAUUUGCUACUAAUCACCACUGCCACUUUCUAAUGUUUGUUCUUUAUUCUAAAUAGCUUCCUUGAAAUUGGACAUUUCUGAGGAGUUAGAGUAACCAAAAAAGAGGAGGGGGGGGGUAUAAUUGAUGUAUAUUUAUUGUAUAUAAAUCUUAAGGAAUGUUUCCCUUUUAUAGUUUAUUAUAAAUGCUUAUAUCUUUCCUAUUUGAGUGUUGUUAUAGUUUCUUAUGAAAUAAAAUAUUUGAAUUUUUUAUUGGGUUGGUAAUAUUAAUUUUUUUUUUCUUUUCAAAAUUUAUUCAUUGUUUGUCAUGUGUGUAUAUUCUCUGUUACUCUGAAACUUGAUUCCAAUCAUUAAAAAUUAAUUUGUACAGGUUCUUAGUAUAUUCUUGUUUCAUAUGAUGGAUUGUCAGUUCCAGUAGGAUUUCAAUUCUUAAGUUUUUUAAGCUUUGAUUGUUUUAACAAAUACCAUCUUAGAAAGCAUAUAUUAUCACCCUUUUUUUGAACGAAUGUAAUAAAAUGAGUUAUUUUUGUUUGAUACAACAUUCACUAACUUUUUUAAAAUUAAUAUUAGUGAAAAAUAAUAUUGCUGUAGAAUUGUUAAUGUAUUAACAAAUCAUUGUAGUUGAACUUUUUACUUGGUUCUAUUAGUAUUAUUAAUUUUUUUUUUGUAAAGUACUAUCAACUUUGUCUUAUUCUUAUUAAAUUAUUCUGUAUUUUUAAUUGUAUCUAACUAAUAAAAUCCACAAGCUGAAACUCUUGAUGUUUUGCCAUAAGCUUAUAGUGUUACUUGAAAAUUAGUAUUUUUCUAUUGCUGUUAUCUUUUAAAGCCAUCAGUUAGCUCUAUUAGCCUUUAGAUGGACAAACUAAUAAUGUUGAUACAGCAGUGAAAAGAAUUUCCCUGAAAUAUGUAUCAUGCAUUUUCUAAUCACAACAUUUGAUUAUAAAUGGAAAGUUUUCAUAUAUUUUAAUAUGUGAUCUGCUCAAAAUGUUUCAUUUUAAAAUGCAAAAGAAGUAGUAGAGAUCUUAAAUGAUCAAUUCCAAAUGUAACUAUUACCAGAUUUUUUAAUUAAAAUUUAAUUCUUUUAUUUCCCUAUGACAUAUUGUUUUUAGUUAAACUGUAGAAUUAUUUACUUGACUUCUUAAUUUUUAGAUAUGAUAAUCUCACAUGGUUUUUAUCUGUUACAAAUAGGCCAGUGGUUCACAAAUUCCUGCUUGAAUUC